GUAUUUUCUCUUACAGUAUACAUUUAACUCUCUGCUUCUCUCUCAUUAUAUCGACAAAAAUAAAUACUAAUCAGUUAGAUGCCUUUGUCUUCUCUCUUUUGUAUUUUUCCUGAAAAUCCAACUCCAACCCAUCGAUUCCCCCUCUGUAUUAGGCCUCCCGAAACUCUUAUUCUGUUUCAGAAACCCGUGUUUCCAGAACCAGAGAUGGGAGUUUCUUCAGGGCUUUUCAGGUUUCUGAGCUUCUGGGACUCUUUCCUUCUCUUCUUCUUCUUCACCUUCUGUUUCAGAACUCUAAUGGCUAAUGAUGGAACAAAACCCAAUUCCCCUUCCCCAAACAAUGCUGAUCCAUCUCCACCACGUCCUGACGAAAAAUCCAAUUACGCUUCUUUCAGGCCAAGCAUCGCUGUGAUUGUUGGAGUCUUAACGACCAUUUUCUCUAUUACGUUUCUUCUUCUUCUGUACGCGAAACACUGCAAGAGAAACAAUGGAGCUAGAGGGUAUGCAGGUAAUCACGACCCAAGAGUGAUGGCUUCGACGAGAAAGAACUCAGGGAUCGAUCGGUCGGUCAUUGAUUCGCUACCGAUUUUCCGAUUCAGCUCACUUAGAGGGCAAAAAGAAGGGCUUGAAUGCGCUGUUUGCUUGACCAAAUUCGAAUCCAUGGAUGUGCUGAGAUUGUUGCCUAAAUGUAAGCACGCGUUUCACUUCGAAUGUGUUGAUACCUGGUUAGAUGCUCACUCGACUUGCCCUCUCUGUCGCUAUCGAGUCGAUCCAGAAGAUGUUCUGCUGGUGGACGAAUCGAGACUCGGAGACGAAAACGAUGAGCAGAGACGACAGCAGGAAGCAAUAGAGGAGAGAGAAGCAAGUGAGGUCCGACCAAGCACGGUCGGGUUCGAACCUCGAAGGGUUUCCGGUCGACACUCUUCAGCCGGAGAGAAAACAAGUGGGUUCUUGCAAAUCGUCGUGCACCGAUCCGAUGGCGGCAACUCGGUGGUGGCACCACCGCCUGCGGCGGCCGUAUCGAGAAGGUCUCUUGAUAUCGCAAGCUUGAGGAAGAAAAAAGAAUCUGUGACCGUUGGAUGCUUUGACCGUGGAUGCCGCAAAGACGGUCUCUUGUUAUCGGAAAGCGAGUUGGAACGUCGGUUGGAACACCGGAUCAUAGUCUCCGACAGUGGGCUCCAGCAGCGGUGGAGUGAUCUGCAGCCGUCGGAUCUUCUGUUUCUACGGUCGGAAAUGAUUAUCACUGAGAGUGGACGAUACUCGUCGUUGAUGAGCGCUCGACCGUCCAUUUCCACGAAGCAUCAGCAGCAACAGAGGAGAGAUGACAAGGACAUUGAUGGUACUUAUGGUAGUGGCAGAAACGUAAUAAAUGUGAGAAGCGUGUCUGAAAUCACAGGCUUGAGUAGGUUUCCGAACAGAACAAGUGGUGGACAUGAAAGGGAGCGAGAAGAAAGAGUUAUAAAGAGAUGGUGGGCUUGGGCUUCUCAACAGAGACGUACGGGGCAACCCAACAGCUAGCAACGCUUAGGUCUAGGUGCUAGG